ACAUUUUCACUUUCUUUUCUUCCUACUCUGCUUUAAAACUAUCAUGCUAUUCGGCACAAGAUGAAAGUCGAAAUAAACAAAAAGAUGGAAAGGCGACAAACACAAGCACAAGAAGAUUGUUUUGUGGAUUACGCCCAAUUAUCAUGUUAUCCAACUGCUGACACUCGUGUUUUGCAAGAUCAAUGGGGAAAGUUCAUCUGGAAUCGCAACUUUCCUGAAUUCACAAAUAGAGGGGAUAGAGUCGACAUUUACCUUUUCAAUGCCGAUAGUGAUGCUCAAGUCCAACAAUGGCUAGAUAUACCAAACGAACAAGGAAGAAUCGCAUUUUCACCUAUUGAUGAAUGGUGGAAAAAUAGAGUCGCUGCAGACAGUUACAACGGUACUCAUAUCCCUUGGCCAUACUACUUCAUCGUGACUUAUGCAAAUAAAGGAUUAGAUGGACCGCUGACCCGCCAGCCAACUUUUCAUGCCAUUCAAACCGCUUUGCCAGCUUCAAUAUCAGCUUUGCGCUCAUCUUCAUCAGCUGCUGCCGCCGCUUCAUCCUCAGCUUCUGCUGCAUCGGCCAGUAGUCUAUCAGCAUCACAUGCACCUACUAGCACAUUGAAUGCAAGCAGUAGCAAUUAUCCAUCGCCAACACCUGUACCUUCGAGUGAUUUACCACUUGCUUCAAGUUUCGCUGCAAGUUUAACUUCUGCACUCGUUUCAAGUUUAAGCGCAAUCAAUGCUACAGGCACACAAUCAUUGCAAACCGUUGCCACCACGACAUUUCCUGAUGGUGCGACUUUUACAGCAUCAGCAACAGCAGUUGCAAAUGGACAAUUGAACGAGCUGGGAGAAAGUCAUGGGAUACCAGCUUAUGCCAUUGCUCUCAUCGUGGUCUUUGGAUUUUUGAGUUUGUUGGGAAUGCUUAUCGGUAUCUAUUUCUGCAUCCGUGCAACAAGGAGACAUGAUGAUCAGCAUGGGGAUCGUGUCGUCACAGACAAAGAUAGUGGUGCAGGUAGUAAUACGCCUCUCUUUGGCAACACCUCGAACGAUCAACAAUUGUUUAGUCAUGAUAUCGGUGAAAGUCCUUUAAGGCGUGCCCAUCGGCGGGUCAGUGAUGCCAGCGUUGAGCAUAGACAUCAAGAAGCAUUAACGGCAACCGAAGUAUGGAGAUUGGCAAAUGCGUUCCGAAGUGCUCUGCGUAGGCCUAGGCAUGGUACCCAUACACGCACAAACAGUCUUGCAGGCAUACGUGAAAUUCCUUCAAAUGGCUCUGGCUCACACCCUACUUCGAGCGGUGGUGAUGGACCGAUCAUGUCGCCUGAGCUAGAUGCGGGAGCAGAUCGAUCUCUGGAAGACGCAUUUGAUCCGGCAGAAUCUUUACUGCGUGAAGAGCUUGCACGGGAAGGAAAAAGUAUUCGAUUGGUGCAAGAUCGGAAAAAGCCCGAAUUGCAUGGUGAAUACAAUCAUUGACAAUAUUAUUACUCUCAUUACACGCUCUAAUACCCUCUAUCAUAAAUUCCACAGACUUGUGCUGCCAUCCAGGCAGGUGGAGCAUCAUCUCCUUGUCUAUCCUGAAACACAUUCUC